CGAACAAGUGAUGAUGGUCAACUCAUGGUCCCAUUUAAAGUCUACCACUAUUGAUGCUGAUCCGAACGCGAGCAUGAAUUCAAUCCAAUAUCAUAUAAGGAGCCCUAGCUUCCCAGGCAAGCUGUCGUGAAAUGUAGUAUUCUCGUGUAAGAGCAAGUUCUGUCUCUUCAAACUAGAUACCAUGGCCAGCCAAAUCAUCACCUCGCUCGUCUUGGCUCUCGCAGCUAGAUCAACCUUGGCAGCAAACACACCUGUGCCAUUCUACGGUCAAUCUGCAUCUGGGAAAACGUCUCCCCCGCGAGGAUGGAAUUCCUUCGUUGCGCAAUCCAACGGGGUCGAGCUGACGGUAGAUCUUCUUGAUGAACAAUGCAGCUUUUUCUACAACAACACAGAGCCAGGCUUCAACUACGUAUGCGGAUUUGACUCUGGAUGGUCGGCAGAUACUAAUGGUGACGAAUUCGGUCGCAUUAUUCCCAAAGACACCGUCUUUAAUACUACAAGCAUACAAGAGUUCGCGGCUAAGGUACACAGCAACGGAAUGAAACUGGGCGUCUAUAUGAUCCCCGGCGGUUUCACUAGUGACGCGCAGAAGUUGGUGAAGGGAACUAACAUCACGAUCGGCUCGUUAUUCAACACAACCGAAGAUCCCCGGGACGCUAUAAGUAAUUCUUACAAUGCUCGUAAUGAUUUCGAUUACACCAAAGACGGCGUCCAAGAAUGGCACGACUCGGUAGUGGAACUUUUCAGUUCGUGGGGAGUCGAUUUCGUUAAACUCGACUAUGUGACCCCCGGCAGCGAUUAUCUGACCGGCAACAAAGACAACGCGAAGCCAGCGAAUGAUAGCGGCGCUGUGGCAUGCAUGCAUAAUGCGAUCAUGAAGUAUGCUCCGGGUAUGCAGCUCGACAUUUCCUGGAGGUUGGAGAGGGAAGAGCCGUUUUGGGAUCUGUGGCAACAUAACGCCGAUACGCUUCGAGUUGACAGAGACAUCAAUUUCGGAAAUAAUCCCGUUACGUGGGGCCCUACGCAGAGGACGAUAGAACAAUACCGCGUUUUCAUCAAUCAGCAAGUGUUGGAUUCGACACGGCAGAACAAGCCCAUUAUGAUCCGCCCGGAUAUGGACAACUUGCUCGUCGCAACACCAUCAUCAAGCUCCUCUUGGUCUGGCUAUUCCACCAUCGAACGAUACGCACAGGCUAUCUUAUGGAUUGGCGCAGGUGCCAACUUGAUUAACGGUUGCGACAUGACUAAGGUUGACGACCUAGGGAAGAAAUUGUUGACCGACUCUGAAGUCUUAGGAGUGGCUGCAUUUACAGCGAAUUAUCCCAUGGUGCCUAAGAAUCCUUCCAGCGCGCAAGUACCCGGAGGACCCAAUGCCUCUCAACUUCAGGCAUGGAUUGCUGGUCCCAAUGACAAUGGCACCGCGAUCGUGGUCCUGUCAAAUCUCGGCCCUGAUGAGUGUUGGGACAGCGAAUGCUCCUAUAACACUACAAUCGCUGGCGACCAGUUGGUAAACGUGACUCUCAGUGACUUGGGCAUUGGCGGUGAUAAAUGGUUCGUCCGUCGCGUACUCGGAGGCGGCGGAAGAGGCGGAGAUGAUGGCACGGAUAUCGGUGUAGCUGAUGCAGAGCUAGCAAGCUGGUUAAGCGAACACGAAAGUGUUCUCUACAAAUUACAGAAAUGUGGAAGUGAGGGGGCUUCAUGCUGACACGAGAAUACCGCUCAUAUUAGUUACAGUAGUUACUAAACCUCAUUGGCAUAGUAAUACGCCGUCAUUGUUACAUCAGGGUAUUACAAUGACAAACAGCGGAUGAAUUAUAUGUAUGUUUACAAGCCUCGUGCGAAUUGUUACCGAUACUAUAGGUUC